AUGGCCACCGUUACUGUAGAAGGUCCCUUCUUCAAAGAUCUGCUCACACUAUCAGCCAAAGUCAAUAGUUUACUGGCAGAAGACGGAACUACACUUGCAGCAGCUAUUGAAAGCGCGUUGAAGUCUGGUGGUCUGGACUCUGUCAGCACGCGCCGUCUGCUUUUCUUCCAAGGUCUCACAGCAGACGACCAGCUACUGCUAUAUUUAACGACCAACUACGGGAAUGCUGAGCCUUCACGUGCUCGAAUUGGUCUUGAGAAUUACUUCAAUAGCUUUUAUGGCUUCAACAAAGACGCCGUGAAGGACUUUCGGUCCCAUUUAUGGGAGAAAGAACCUUUGGCUGUGCUACUUGCUUCUUUGCGCCAAACUAAGCUAUUGACCACUGUUUGGAUUGAACUGAAGCCUCAAAUCGAUACAGUCCUCCAACUGUGCGUGGAUAAAGAACUUUCGCUGUCUUCACCUGAAGUUCACACCCGUGUGAAAGAAUUGGAUGUCACAAGACCGAAGACAGAGGUAAAGAAGGAUGUGAAGGGGAAAGCGGUCGCUGUCCCUGGCUUGCGUGAUGCAAUUCUAGCCCUACAGCGCCUUCACUGUCUUGUCAUCGAUCCGAUGCAUCUAGAAGUGCUACUUAGAGAAGGAUGGCAUUCCGCGCAUGAUAUUGCCAUUCUACCUCGUGGAGUAUUCCUUUCAGUCAUCGAAAAAGCAGCCAAAAACCAGGACCCUAUAUUCAACAUCGACGAAGAAUCUGCAUCACGUAUUCACGAUCAUGCCAUCACCAUUGACUGCCGAAACCAGGAAACAUGGGUCAAGAUUCUUGACGGGCUCAAAAGAGACUUUACAAUCGUUGUACCGCAGUCGCGUCCCGAAGACGAAGCUGAGAAGAAACGGAAGCAAGAGGAGAUUGAGAAACAAGCAAGGAAAGACGGCGCCAACAAGGAAGCUCCCAGAGUCGACGUUCUUGCGCACAAAAACUACAACAUGUCUACCAUCUUUGACUUACAGACUUCCAGCUGCGAAGAGUGCUGCUCCGUUACAGGGCCGGCUGCCUACUUUGUUGACCUACUCAAUUUUCUCAAGGCGAGUCCUUGUACUGGCCCUGGAAGCAAGUUUACCACUUUGUUUCAAGCUUUGAUGCACCGCCGUCCAGAUCUACAGGACUUGGAGCUGUCAUGUGCAAACUCAAAGAACAUGGUGCCCUACAUCUCCAUCGUCAACGAGACACUAGAGUCCUUCAUUGCAUCUCUCAGCGAACACGAUGAUGACGACAAAUAUGUUGCUACUGUCCUGGCUGUCAAUGAACAAGAAGCACCAGGGUCUUAUUCAGGAUCAACACAGGACACUAGGUUGACAGCCGCCAAGUCUCUCGACGGUGUCAUGUCUCCUUUGAAUGUGUUUCCACACAACCAAGGUCUCCAGGCGGUCAAAACAUAUUUGUAUUCCAUCGGAAUCACCGGGACAGAAGUCUUGAAAACCUUUAGAUCCGAAGCGAGGCUCUUGGAAGCGGUGAUAGGACCUUUACCCAGUGACAAAGGCACUCGCGCAACACUUCUCUCUGAAGCAGGAGUGAUCUUGGAUCGUGCAACCGUUGCUGCAUCACUGAAUCUUUUGCCGCUAGAUUUAGCAGCCAUUGCGGAAGAGAAGAUUUACACGCCACAUGCAAUGAGGAGCAUGAUGGGAAUGCGACAGAAACGAGGCAAGUCUCUCUUAUCGGAGCUCGAGGUCCCAGAAACUUGCCGAAACUGGGGCUAUUCGAGUACGAGCGACAUGGUUGAUACCGAUGAGCGAGCAAAAACUGGACUCUGCUUCAUCAGGUCUCAGUUUAUGCCGCGUUCAGGGCUGUCAUUUGAAGAAAUCCUCCAGCUUCUCAAAAGCCUGUACUUUGGUGGCCGUCUUGUCAUAACAAAUGCAGACAAGACGAAAGCGUUUACGGGACAAAUUUCCGAGAUGCGUCUACAGGCUCUCAAUACGGCGGUUACUGCACCUAAAGAGACGGCAGUCGGGCCGUUGACUGAUCAGCUCUGCCACGAGAUCCAAGCCUUUAUCAGACUAAAGAAUCGCCUUGGAUGGAGCAUCAAAGAGCUUGAUGGGGCCUUGUCGGCUAUCUUCCAGAGCCAGGUGGCUUCAGGCGUUAUACGUACUCCUGAUGGUACCCGAGGCAUCUCUUUUGGGGUGUUGCAAGAUCUUUCCAUGGCAAAGAGCCUCGCUGAAUCUGCGAAUAUGCCGAUAGACGCUAUACUUGUUCUCUGGGCACCGCUUAACACAGAAAGCCCUCUCUUCAGUCGUGUCUUUGGUGGCCCACGCAAUAUGUCUUCGGAUAACAUCUUCACCACGCUCAGCAACCGUGUGUCAUUAAUCAAGAACCAUCUCCCUGCUCUAAUGACCGCUAUGGGGCAAAGUCAGGAUCAAUUGAACUGUCUAAUGCGAGCCGCCAAUAUUGACAAUGCCAAAGACAAGCUCACGAUGGAUGUCCUUACCAAACUGUAUCGACACUCGACUAUGAGCCGCAUACUCAAAGCCACACCCAUGGAGUACUUGGAACUUCUGUCUCUUCUUCCCGUGGGACUUGACGUGUUACAAGACCCUACGACGACAAUGUCAUUUGUCAAGAAGUGGUGUCAGCUUGUCGACAGCCGCUGGUCUCCGCAAGAGAUCAUCAUGGCAAUACGUCCAACUCCCGUAACUAGUAUCUCAGACAACUACACCAAUGUGACUGACGCGCUCUUCCUGUCCUCGUCCAUAAUUGAGGAAAUGGAAGCAAUGCAGCUGCUCUGGCAAGAUCCUGUCCGUGACAUGGUUGUACGACACGAGGAUAUCGUUCAGAUUUGUGGAGAGCUCUAUGACGCGACAGCAGCUGCUUCAAUUGUACAGUUCAUCGAAGGAACUCAGUCAACUGAAGCAAGAAUCCCUUUGUCCAAGCCUCUCGCUACCUCCCUCAUGACCAUCAAAAUAUUGCCGUCAAACAUAACGUUAACCGUUGAACUUGGAUCGAAGACAAAGCCAGGUGUACUUGUUCUAUCCCUCGUUGGCGUCCUCUCGAGCGAAAACCGAUUGAUGAUCGAAACGCUUAUCAAGAACAGAGACAGUGAGCUACAAAGUCCAGCAUCUACGCUUGACACACAACUCCAGAAGGACUUGGACGAGCUAUUUGGUGACUUGGAGGUGCGCUCUAGCGGUGCCAGGAAGAUAUUGGAAGAUAGGUUGCUCAAUACCCUUCCAGCUAAUCAACGUGAGGAACUCGGGUCACUGUUCCAGAGUGAUAUUAGAGAUGGCACCAGCACGAUGCCACUGGAUGAGGCAUUGAUUCAAGCCGAAAUGGCGGUCAAGAAACGUCGAAGCGCUUUCAUUCUGGCCGCUCUGCCUGUAUUGCGCGCACAACUGGUAGAGAGGUCCUUGAUUGGGGCAAUCGGAAAGGCCGUCUCUGGCCUUGAUCCGUCAGUCCUUGCUAUGCUAGGCACACAGAUUUUCAAGCAACAUGACAAGAGUGCAGCCAAGGUCGUGGAAGAUGUUUGCAGCGACUACGUCUCUAACAAGUGGACAUCCGAAGUCUCUACAGCGUUUUUCUGUCCUGCAGCCUCGGAUACUUAUCAGUUUCAUUUCACGCCACCACAGCAUGAUGAGAAAGAUGGUCAAGAUACUACUGUAGCAUUGUUUUCGGUCAACGGAGUCGAAAUCCCAGUGCUUAAAGCUGGUGAUGGUCUCGGCUGGCAAUCAGUUCCAACACUCCUUGCAACUGGCAAACCGUAUCUGUUGAGCUCAUCGACAAGUCUUGGACAUGCUCAGUGGACGACCAAGCAAUCAACACAGCCCCAGGACUUUGUGAAAUCAACUUUAAUCCCUGCCGAUAUCGUCACAUCCGUCUCCAACGAGCUACUGACAGUCGUUCAUUUUGCGCAACUUAUGAAGAAGCUAAACUUGGGUCUUGAAGAGUUCAAGUAUCUCAGUUCCGAUUCCAACUCCCCUAUGCAAGUCGAUCUGAACAGAUUGACCAUUGAUGGUCUCUGUCAGCUAGAGACGUAUUGCACCCUCAGAGACUCGGUAUCUAGUGGUCCCGACGCCCUUAUUGGCUUUUUCGCUUGGUUAGGUAGCGGCCAAGAUGACGGAAAGACUUCCUUGGCCACACGUCUGGCAGCCGCAACCAGAUGGGACCAGCUUCAGUUGAGUACGGCUUUAGAGCUCAAGUAUCCUGGCCUGACCGAAAAGGACAUUGUUGACCGCUUUGCGUCCUCUCUCGAUGAGCUCUGCUCCCUGCGCGACGUCAUAACACUUUCCGGCCAUCUGGGCGGCGCCUCGGGACGUCGAGCGGCCCAGCCGUUGUUGGUUCUGUACAAAGUCGCUGUACCUGCCCCUCCCACCGAAACCGACUGGGACAUGGAAACUGCUGCGGCACUUGAACUUUGUCUCGGACCUGGACAAGCUGCACAGUGCAGGGGAGAGUUACGCGAGACGCAGCGGACAGCAUAUGUGCAGUUUCUGUUGCAGCGGAAGUACAUCCAAAGAUUGGGCAUAACAGAUGCGGAUGGGCUGUUUGCACAUUUCAUGCUAGAUGUCCAGAUGGGAUCUCAGCUCGAGAUUACUCGGAUGAAGGCAGCUAUCUCUACUGUGCAGCUGUUUGUUCAGCGCGUUCUUCUAGGUCUCGAGGCACCAAGUGGUGUUCUUGAUGCCCGUAUCGACCGGGACAAGUGGACAUGGAUGCAGCGCCAUAAUAUCUGGCAAGCAACAAGAAAAGCAUUCCUUUACCCAGAGAAUUGGAUAGACCCGAGCCUACGAGACGACAAGACUCCAUUGUUUGAGGCAUAUGAGUCAGCCAUCAUGUCCAAGGACCUGAGCUGGGAUUCUUUCUCUCAGUCGAUGAAGGACUAUGUACAAUCACUUCUAGGAAUUGCCGAUCUUUCGAUUGAGGCAUAUCUACGGGACCUGCGACCUGAUGAAGUCGAGAUUUACCAUUUCUUCGGCCGAACUCGAAGCGCACCUUUUGAGUUCUACUACCGAGCAAUGCAAAUUGUCAAGUCGGGAUCUGGCGAAGGACUCGUCUUCUGGUCACCUUGGUCCAAGGUGGGGGUAGAAGCUCCUACAUACGACACAGAUUGGAAUGGAAAGACACUUGACAAGGGAGGAUGUUACCUUGUUCCUGUCGUUCGAAACAAGCGUCUUUUUCUAUACCUACCACAGCUCAUGGCUAAGCCCGUGGCCCCAACGCCCAACAUGACUAUGGAGGAUAUGGCCAAGAAAGUCCCUGUCACAACUGGGGCAUAUACCUGGGAAGUACGCAUGGGAUGGACUGAGCUGGUAGAUGGACAGUGGACACCUAAGCGGGUACUUCAAACACCUUUAGUCGUCAACUGGAUUCCCCCGAUCACAGAAAAGCCGACUGAUAUAGAGGGCCUACCGUCAGUAGACAAGUUCAUCUUUAGUGCCGAAACAACCGGUCCAGAUGUCAAAAUCCAAGUUGGGUAUCGAGGCACAAGAGACGGCAUGCUUCAUUACAUUGGCAGAUUUGACGUUAUUGAUGAACGUAUCGAGACCAUCAAAGCUACCAGCCAGACGGACAAACUCGGCAAAGCCUUGGAUACCUCGUUUCACAAGCUCACAUGGGAAGCGGAGCCGAACAUCAAGGAUACCAUGGGACAGGCUGGAGAGCUCAAGGAGCCUGACAGCUCGAUGUACUCCAUGCUGACAAAGGCCGAGGAGACACCACUCUUGGCAAUAGGAAAGCGUGAUUAUAAGCGUAACCUGACAUGGACACUGUCCUACGCAGACAAGACCAACAAUACCAGCAAAACAGCAGGUCUCGUGGUAGAUGAGCGGAGAGGGGGUGCUGACGGUACUACUUUCUUCAUGUACCCCUAUCAAACUCCUGAGGAUAAGAAGAAGAAGACGGCGCCGCUUGCUACAAAUCUCAUGUACGACCAAUCCAGAGAGGAAAUCGUCGAACACUCUACUGCGCGCGAGAUGAUGGAAGCAGUCUGUCAAACCGACGGUCUGAACAUGCUUUUUGACACAAUGGACACCAAUCUAACCAAGAACCACGACUAUGGUAAAGCCGUGGUCCGCUCCGACAUGAGCAACUACCAUGAGCUUACGACCCCCUACGCCAUCUACAACUGGGAGCUGGGUCUGCACGCUGUCCUCCUAGCUAUCGAUCGUUUCUACGCCACGCAGCAGUUCGAGCUCGCCCUCAAGGCCGCCCGGCUUAUCUUUGACCCCACCACCAACCCGCCGGCCGGCUGCUCGGCGGACGAGGCGGCGGCGGCUUGCUGGAGGUUCCGGCCGUUCCGGGACUUGGCGGAGAACAAGAUCGGCAUGGUAGAUAUUUUCAAGGGCUGGCCCUCGGACGGGAACCUUGAGAUCGCAGUGUCGGAGCGCCGUAGUAAUCCUUCCACGGUACAUUCAACAGCGCGCGGACGGCCUCAGGCUUAUAUGAAGUGGGUCGUCAUGAAGUACAUUGAGAUACUGAUCUCUGCUGGUGAUGAGUACUUCAGACAAGGAAGUAUGGAGACUCUACCUUUGGCAAUUCAUCACUAUGUCGAGGCCGCUCAUGUCCUUGGUCCGGAUCCUCCACGAGUACCACAGCUGGCCAAGUCUGUGGUCAAGACGUACCGCGAGAUAGGAUCCCCCGAGCACAAGGUUGAUCUCGAACUCGCGUUCCCUUUCCUCUGCGAGAUUGAGAGACGAGGUAGUAAGAAAGCAGACGGCGAUAGCCGCCGUAGAUCACCUCUGCUGUGCAUUCUCACCACGACCUACUUCAGUCUGCCCCCAAACCCGAAGUACGCCAGCUUGCGAGUCCUAGUUCAGGAUAGGCUCUACAAGGCUCGGAACAACCUCGACAUCAAUGGACGUCCCAUAGUUUAUUCUAUGUCCGAGCCCUUUAUUGAUCCUGGUGACGCAAUGAGGGCGCUGGCACAAGGCGGUGCUGGAGCGGUUGGGUCACUCAUGAAUGAUAGCGACAGUCCAAUGCCGUACCAACGAUUUUCCUUUCUCAUCGGCAAAGCUCUUGAGCUAUGCAAUGAGCUGCGGAGUAUGGGGGAGCAAUUCCUUUCAGUCCGCGAGAGACAUGAUGCCGAGUCUUUGGCACAAUUGAAGAACCGUCAAGAUUCCAUGAGACAGAAGAUGAUACUUGACGUCAGGUUGUCACAGACGGAGGAGAUUCUCAAGACCAUUGAAUCACUGCAACAGAGUCGGGCGUCUACUGUGUCACAGCUUGAGUACUAUCUCCGCCUCACGGGUGAUUCACUUGAUCUUAUUCCUGGUGACGAGAAAGCUGAGUGGCAGGACAUCCGACAGGACAUCGCGACUCCGAUUAGUGACGACCUUCGAAUGAGUCCGUUUGAAACGAUGGAGCUUGCUUCAGCAGCUGUAGCUUCCACGCUGAAUGUUGCAGCAGCUGGUAUGGAUACGCUAGCUGGUUUCCUCAAAGCUUUUCCAAACGUGACGACAAAUGCUCAGCCUAUGGGUUGUGGUGUCACCGUCAAAGCUGACGCAAGCAAUGCGGCUCAAUUGACGUUGGGUUUGGCAUCAGCUACAAAGACAUAUGCUCUCAUCGCAUCGGAAGCUGGAUCAAUGUCUGCCCGAAUCGGAGGUCUAACCAAGCAGCUACAAGAACGUCGUAUGCAAGCCAAUAUCAGAGGACGCGAGAUCAAGAAUCUUGAUAAGCAAAUCGAGAUUCAGCGUAAAAGGCUGGACAUCAAUGCCAAGGAGAUCCUUGCUCAGAGGAGUGAGGUUGAGUAUGCCAGUGAGACCGAGGUUUGGUAUCGCAGCAAGUACACAAACGCCAAACUUUACUCAUGGCUGGAGGGAUCAGUUCGUUCUAUACAUUACGACCUUUAUGGCCUCGCAUCUGAUAUGUGCCGUCGCGCAGAGAGAGCGUUUCGUUUCGAGCGAGGUCAUCAAGCAUCUGCGGCAUUUCUUCGUACUGGUGGCUACUGGGACAACAGUCGAGAUGGUUUACUUGCGGCUCAGCAACUAGCCUUGGACCUGCGACGUAUGGAAGCAGCAUAUCUUCACAAACCGGGUCAUGACUGGGAACUAUCAAAGAAUAUUUCUCUGCGCAAGACGAACCCCCAUGCUCUCCUCACGCUACGAGAGAAAGGUACGACAACUUUUAGUAUCCCAGAAUUACUGUUUGAUCUGGAUUUCCCUGGACACUAUAUGCGGCGUCUCAAGUCUGUGGCCGUGACAAUUCCUUGCGUUAUUGGUCCUUAUACCACCUUAGCCGCGACAUUGUCACUCACGCAACACACAUACCGUGUAUCUGCAGCUGCACAAUCUGGUGAUGACUAUCUGCUAGCAAACUCCUCAGACGGUUCGUUCAGAACCGAUCCCAUCCCCAUCUCUGCUGUUGCCACAUCACAUGCCGUACAAGAUACAGGCUCGUUCGACUUUGGCUUCAACCAAAGUAAUAUUGCGAAUACCGACUACGGUCCGUUCGAGGGUGCCGGCGCCAUCAGCAACUGGAAACUCGAACUACCACCAAAGACAACUCAGCCAUUUGAUUACUCGACCAUCUCUGACGUGGUACUUCAUAUCAAGUAUACUUCUAUUGACGGUGGGCCUAUCCUUAAGCGUUCCGCCUCCGAUGCGGUGAAACAGCAGUGCGCGCGUACAGAUAGUCUGGGAGUUCACGACGGUCUUUGGGGCUUUGUUGAGGUGCGCAAUGAGGCAACAAACCAAUGGUUCAAAUUCAGUUCCACACUAUCCCAAACGGCUUUGGAUCGCACCGCAACACUUGAUCUUGGCCCAGCAAUCACGUCACGAUUACCCUUCUGGACGAAGAAUCGGGAUGUCAAGAUCGAAACUAUGACCCUUGCAAUUACAGGUGCUGAUGCCGGCUUGGCUAAAGACUUAUCAAUCCCUGCAUUGGGAUCGAGUGAUUGGGAUUGUACAACUUUAGGUGACAUGGCUCUGCUGAGUAAAGCUGGUCUAGGAGAUGCAGUAUCUUUGAAGCAAGAGGAAGGUCAGUGGCAACUGAAGUUGGUAAGAGACAAGGAGGUGGCUUGUGAUAUUAAGGAUAUUGUGAUGUACUUUCGUUAUGUAGUUCUUUAG